AAUGGUGUGUGAUGAGGUUAGGAACAUCACUCAUUCAAUCGAUGGUAAAUCCGUAUCCGAUGUUUAUCAUGUGACAAUCUAUUGGAUUGAUGCCGAGGAAAGUCUCGUCGGUCGAUCAAUCCGGGCACGUGGUGCUAACCUAGAUCGGUUAUGGAUGCCGGAGAUCAAGACGGCGGUAUACGUUCCUCUUGGCUACAGGUUCAAUCCUACUGAUUCUGAACUUGCUUGCCAUUAUCUUUACAACAAAGUCAUGGGCUUUCCUCUUUCUUGUCCUCACAUUGUUCAAGAUUAUGAUUUGUACGGUCAGGAGGAGCCCUGGCAAGUUUGGGACAAAUUUGGAAGAUCGAAUAAUGACGAAGACGACGACGACGAUAUUGACGACGACGGGGCUGCCGAUCCUCCAAAUUUGAACGUGCUGUUUGCUCCGAUUGUGGCCGUUGGCAUGGUGACCACCUUCGCACUUUCCAUUCUAAUGGAAUUACUUGGAAUCGCAGGAGAUAUUGCUACAAGAAUCCCAACAUAG